AACCAUUCAAUGAAAACCGUGAAGCAAGAACAAUCCGUAGUGUAACCACAUUGGUUCGACAUAAGAAAAAUGAUGUUGUUUACAAAAACGGUUGGAAUCAUGGAGAAACACCUUCCGGCUGCAAGACAAGACUGCUGCGCCAAAGUCGAAACAACAACAUUCAGGCUACAAAAACCAAGCAUAGCAGUACAACUCCAAAAGCUGCUACAAAGCCAGCUGCAAGUGGAAAGAACACAAGCAUUCAAGAUGUUGCUAACCAAACACGUGGAGCCAAGACGCACCGCUCAGCUGCUGCAUCUAAAAACAAGCGUCAAGCUGCAGUGGAAAUUCAAGCUAAAUGUCAACAACAUGAAACGCGAGUAUGCGUAUGCAAGUGAAAAGAACAGCUGUCCAGGCAUCAAACUCUGAUGAACGUAUUUGAUAAGGCUCUUGUUGUUGAUAAAGAUGCAUUUAUUGCCCCAAGUGCCUCCAUAAUUGGUAAUGUUCACAUUGGCAGAGGAUCGUCUAUUUGGUAUGGAUGUGUCAUGAGAGGUGACAUGAACAACAUUAGUGUUGGAAGCGGAACAAACAUUCAGGACAACUCCUUGCUGCGUGUUGCAAAGUCAAAAUUAAGUGGGAAGAUGUUGCCUACUGUUAUUGGGGAUAAUGUUACUGUAGGUUAUAGUUCAGUUUUACAUGGUUGCACUGUUGAGGAUGAGGCUUUUGUUGGUAUGGGUGCAACACUACUUGAUGGUGUUGUUGUUGAGAAACAUUCCAUGGUUGCUGCUGGUGCUCUUGUGAAACAGAAUUCACGGAUUCCAUCUGGAGAGAUUUAGGCAAGGAAUCCAGCAAAAUUCCUGAGAAAGCUCAUUGCUGAAGAGAUAUCAUUUAUCUCCCAAUCAGUUAUCAGUUACAGUAACCUUGCACAGGUCCGCAGCAUCAUAAGCACACCUUGAUUUUUAGCA